GUAUUUGCACAGGUCUGCACUAUAGGUACCGGUACCGGGUACCGGUAUACAAAUAGCGAAUAGGCAUGAGUGCGAUGGUGCGAGAUUUCGCAUGAGGUGAAAGAAAGAUGCUCUAUUCAACGAGGCGUUGCAUUCAGCCUCCCAUUUGCUCGCGUACAACAAGCUAAGUAGGCGUUGUACAAUAAUAAUAAGCCCACGUGUGUACAAAAAAUCGACCCCGACAGAGCAGCCGUCAUUGAGGGGAAGGGCUUUAUACAGUUGAACUGAUUAAAACGUAAGAAUGGAUGCCAGUCUCACCUCAAAAGAUAUUCGUCAAAUCUUCAUUGACUACCAUGUGAAGCUGAAUGAUCUCCCUCAUGACUUCUGGAGGUCAUCUUCUGUCAUCCCUCUGGAUGAUCCAACCCUUCUCUUCGCCAAUGCUGGUAUGAAUCAGUUCAAGCCAAUCUUCCAAGGGACAGUAGACCCUAACAGUGACCUUGGAAGGUUGGCCCGUGCUGUCAACAGUCAGAAGUGCAUCCGUGCUGGUGGCAAGCACAAUGACCUUGAUGAUGUGGGCAAGGAUGUCUACCAUCAUACAUUCUUUGAGAUGUUGGGCACCUGGUCAUUCGGCGACUACUUCAAGAAAGAGUCUUGUGAAAUGUCUUGGAAGCUGCUAACCGAGGUCUACAAGCUCCCUGCUGAGAGGAUGUAUAUCACAUACUUUGGAGGAGAUGCCAAGGCAGGGCUUGAACCAGACCUGGAAUGCAAGCAGAUCUGGCUUGAUCUAGGGAUACCUGAAGAGCGUGUGAUGCCAUUUGGCAUGAAGGAUAACUUCUGGGAGAUGGGAGAAGUAGGCCCAUGUGGGCCGUGUACCGAGAUCCACUUUGAUCGUAUUGGGGAUCGUGAUGCCCGUGCCAUGGUCAAUAUGGAUGUGCCUGACGUGCUGGAGAUCUGGAACCUUGUAUUCACGCAGUUCAACAGAGAGACAGAUGGCUCACUGAAGGUUCUACCCAAGAAGUGUGUUGACACUGGAAUGGGUUUGGAGAGGAUAACAUCAGUCAUUCAGGGAAAGCCAUCUAACUAUGAUACUGAUCUUUUCAAGCCUAUCUUUGAUGCUAUCCAUAAGGCAACUGGUGUCCGUGAGUACACAGGGCAUGUUGGAGCAGAGGAUGUAGAUGGUAUUGACAUGGCAUACAGGGUUGUAGCUGAUCAUAUCCGUACAUUGACCAUUGCUCUCUCAGAUGGGGGCAGACCAGAUAAUGUUGGAAGAGGUUAUGUUUUAAGAAGAAUCCUGCGUCGUGCUGUUCGCUUCGCCACAGAAAAGCUGAAUGCCAAGCAAGGACUAUUUGCUUCUCUUAUUACAAUUGUUCAAGAUUUAUUGGGCGAAGCAUUCCCCGAGGUCAUGAAAGAUCCUCAGAUGGUGAUGGAUGUCUUGAAUGAGGAAGAGGCUCAGUUUCUCAAGACCCUCAAUAGAGGGCGCCGUGUACUGGAGAAGACCAUCUCUCGACUUGGCCCUGAUUGCAAAGUCCUACCAGGUCAAGCAGCAUGGCUACUGUACGACACCUAUGGGUUCCCUGUGGAUCUGACCGGUCUCAUGGUAGAAGAGAAAGGGAUGUCUGUUGACUGUGCAGCAUAUGAAGAGGCCAAGAAGAAAGCCCAGUUACUAUCACAAGGUAAGGGUUCGGGUGUGGAUGAUACCAUCGGCCUUGAUGUCCAUUCUAUCAAUGAAUUACAAGAGAAGAGGAAGGUGCCUCCAACCAACGACUCCUUUAAAUACAAGUAUGAGAGCAACGAUGGUUCAUACACUUUUGAUUCAACUGUAGGUACAGUGAUAGCUCUAAGGAAGGAUAGGCAGUUUGUAGAGGAGGUCAGCCAUGGGGAAGACUGUGGAGUACUCUUAGACCAAACAUGCUUCUAUGCAGAGUCUGGUGGCCAGAUCUAUGAUGAGGGCUUCAUGGAGAAAGAAGGAGACAGGGAUGUAGAGUUCCGGGUAACCAAUGUCCAAGUGAAAGGAGGCUACUGUCUUCACAUUGGAAAGGUAUCAGCAGUCGGAGACACAACUAAAAUUAGAGUUGGAGAUAAGCUGAAUCUCUACAUUGAUGAGGUGAGAAGAAGACCGGUGAUGAGCAACCACACUGGGACUCAUGUCUUGAACUUUGCCCUCCGCAAGGUGCUAGGUGAGGCAGACCAACGAGGAUCACUCGUAGCACCAGACAGGCUACGAUUUGAUUUCAGUGCAAAGGGAGCUCUGAAUACUGCGCAGAUCAAAGAGGCUGAAGAGAUCGCCAAUCAGGUCAUAUCAAAGAAGGAAACCGUCUAUGCCAGGGUCACACCUCUCGUUGAAGCCAAGGCAAUCCAAGGGUUACGUGCUAUAUUUGAUGAGACCUAUCCCGAUCCAGUCCGAGUCCUGUCCGUGGGUAUACCAGUUGAAGAUUUGACCGCUGAUCCUGCAGGGCCUGGUGGGACCAUCACAUCGGUGGAGUUCUGUGGUGGAACCCAUGUCCGCAAUGCUGGUGACAUAGGAACCUUUGUGAUAACGUCUGAGGAAGCCAUAGCCAAGGGAAUCAGAAGGAUAGUGGCCAUUACUGGACAAGAUGCUGAUAAGGCAAAUGUUCGUGCAGAAGGCUUAGAAAAGCAGGUAGAAGCUCUCGCUGCCAAGAUCCAAGCCAAAGAAGCUAAAAUGACACAGAAAAUACUCUCAAAGGCUGUUUAUGAGCUUGGAAAUGAUCUGAAUGUAGCGAUUGUUCCUCAGUGGAGGAAAGAUACGAUGCGCAACCGACUCAAAGAGCUCAAGAAGUGCCUUGAUGAUAUGGAUAAAGCAAAGAAAGCAGAGAUGCUACAAAAUGCCAAAGAGAAAGCGAAGGAGCUAAUUGCCAGCAACCCUGACAUCCCGUUCCUUGUGGCACGACUAGAGGCUGGCUCCAACAGCAAAGCCUUGGAUGCUGCACUCAAGGAAUUCAAGAGCAAGUCCCCCAAGACCUCUGCCAUGCUUGUCAGCGUGGAUCAGGAAGCUAACAAGAUCCUAUGCCUGGCCCAAGUUCCCAAGGAUGCAGUGAGCAAGGGACUAAAGGCCAACGAAUGGGUGCAGGAAGUGGCAGGCAUCAUGGGAGGAAAGGGCGGAGGUCGCGACGUGUCCGCACAGGCCACGGGAGAUCAAACGGGAGUUGUUGACCAAGUUUUAGAGAUGGCACAAAAGUUUGCUCAACUUAAAUUAGGCAGUUAAGGCUGAAUGAUAUUCUGCUAUAUCUUCUUUGUCUAUCAUGUUAUUUGUAAAAGACCAAGUUUAUUAUUACAUGAAAGUGCUGGUAUAGAUAUAUUAAUGAAAAUAUCGUGAGAACAUGUUUUCCUGUCUGCCUCAUUAGGCUUUGGAAUAUCUUGGUAAAUCAUGAAUUCUUGCAGUUUGGUAUAUUUCAUAACUUUGUAGCUUUAUUUUGAAGACAACCACAUCAUUUGAAUAGACCUUUUUGAACUACCAAUUCAAGGUUUUUUUUCAUAAAACAUAUAGUAUUGGUUAGAUUGUGCUCAGAGGGAGCAAAUGACUGCAUAUUCCUCAAGAAGAUUAUACAAAAUUGUCAUACUUUGUGCAGUGGUACUUAAACUUGACUUUUUUGGUUAGGCUUAAUUGGUGAAACAGUCCCUUUGACUACAGAAUAUCUGCAAUGUGCGACCUGAAAUAUGAAACCUCUCUGGAUUUGAUUUUCAGCACUUGCAAUUGGUAGAGUAUUGGUUAACGAUUUUAUGCGUAAAAAUGAAGUACCGGUGUAUGGAAUGCACAGAAAUUUACCAUAGAGUUCUGUUAUGUACUGUAUCCUGUAUAGGUGUUCUUUUAGAGGGAAUGUCUUUCAAUGUUCUAAGCUUCAUGCUUUUGUACUAGCUGCCACGUUGCUUUGACCACAAAAGGCCAUGUUUAACUGCAUGGCUCAAACACGAGAGGCAAUUUAUAAUGCCUCAUAUGUUUUGAUCUGUAAGAAACAAAAAUGUUAUUAUAUUAUUGGACUUGGAUGAUAUAAUACAUGGAAGUAUAUGGGACCAAAAUCACAUACUUGUACUCCCUGAUUAGUUCAUAGAAUGUAAAAUACAUAAUAAGUCUAUUUAUGCUUGCAGUUUCAGGAGUAUACCGGUGUUAUGAUUUUUUUGCCAUUAAAAACCAUGAAUUUUAAAAACUCGUAGCUUAUACUUUUGGGUAUGACAUAAAGAUUGCUCUACUUUUAUUAUACAGCCCAAGACUUUACAUUAGACUCAGCAUAUUCUAUGAAUAAUGACACAAAUAUACAAAAGAUACAUACAUUCUGUUAUCCAUUCUCCUUCAUUACCUGUGAAAGGAUGUAAAGCUGUAGGUUCCUUUGUCCCAAAUAUGCAAGUACAUGUACAUGUAUGUUUUCUCCCAAUAUUAAGAUAUGCCAUUAUGCACUGGAAGAAGUGUGCAUCAUGGAUCAGCAAAACAUGGUUCAAAACCUAAUAUUUCAUUUUUAUUUCAUGCUCAUUUUAUGUUCAUUUCAAUUUUGUUCAUUUUCUUUCUCUUUCAAUGUAAUUAACAUAUUGUUCUUCAGCCAAACCGAUUUGGUUCUCUUAUUUAAGUAAACAUGAAAUGUAUAAUGGAGAAAGAUAUUCAAGCUUGUAUGAAUUCAUUGAAAACAUCUUGCUUUCUGUGUAUGGAUAACUUAUUCUUAUCAUAUUUAUGCAAUGUAACCGCAUCUGAAUUUUGAAAAAUGCAUUAUAAGAAAUUAUUAAUAAAAUAUGGGAUCUGGAAAGAAACUAGAUGUGGAUCUCGGGUGAAUUUAUUGUUUUAUCUUUCAAUAGAGUAAAGUGUUAUUUUUCUUCGGAUUUGUUUGGUAUCGUUCCAGUGUAUUACCCAUUGCAAACUAGUCAAUCGGCUGCCAUUUCUUUUAAAACAAAUAUGAAUUAGCAGCCUUUAGAGCACCACCUCAAGACCUCAAUUACUCAAAUCUGGCCUGUUUCCUGACCCACAAUGCAAUAUUCUAAGUAAUGUAGCCUAGUAACAUAGACCCGCUUGAAUGAUAACACACUUGUUUAUUACUCAGUGCAUUCAUAGUGCAAUGAUCACAUUACCAAAAGCAAAACAAGUACUUUUUCUCUCAAACAUGUUUUAGUUUUUCAAUAAAACAAAAUUAUUGGCUAAUUUACUCUUUGUGUUACUAAUAGUUAUCUCAACAUGUCUACUUUUAAGAUUAGCUGUUUAUAGCACAUAUUCAAUGAGAGACCACAGACAGUGUUGGUCAGUUUGCACCCCCUUUAUAAUUUCAGAAGGGGAUCUGACUGUUAUGAUGAAAUGACUUGUAAGAAAGGGGAAAAGAAUAAGAAAGGUAAAUUUUUGAAAGUUUGAACGAAAUAGAAAAAGGAAUAACAAAGUUAUCAAUGGGUAGUUUAAAAAUGAGAUCACUACAGUACAAAGGCUUUGUAAAUCUAUUGGUAUUUUGGUGGGUAGAUAUAUCCAUACAUCAUAUUGACAUUGCCAUCGCUGCAAAUUUGAGGUAUAGUGAUUACAAACUUGUAGAACUAUUGAAUAUUCAUACCCCUUAUUGUUUGUCUGAUUAGUGCAAACUUUUGCCUUUCUACUUCUCCUUUUUUUAUUUGGUAUUAAAACAAUAUUUUCCUUGAGGGUUUGAUUGCAUUUGUAUAUUGCCCCUUGGACAAUGCAGUUGAAUGUUUGUUGUCGAAUAAACAGGAUGUCUGCCAGAUUGUAUUAAAGUCUUGGCAGUUUGGUAAAAGAGGCUCCCAAGAGUCCCAACUCUCAUUCUCUGUUCUGGUUCUCACUGGUCUGACUCCUUCCAAAUGGAUUAGUGAUAUACUGGAUCAUAUUUACUAUCAAAAUAUAUUCCAUGUCUUUGAAAAUCCAUUACCCUGUAGCAGAGUUCUCUAGUAUUCAUAUCAGUUUUCAAUUGAUGCAGGGAUGGACUGGGUUUUAUCUACAUGUAUUUCUUUAAAUGUGAUUUUUGAAAGACCGGGCCCUGUUGCACGAAAGUUACUAUUAUAAUUUGCUAUCCAGUAGUAACUGCCAUGGUAACGGUUCUCAACAACCAAUCAAAUUUAAGAUUUCAAUGGAAGUGACCAUUAGAUGACAAAGUUACCGUAAUAGUAAACUUGAAUGCUACAUGACCCUGAAUAACAUGCUGCACAUGCUCAAAGUAAUAUCAUUUUCCUUGUGUGUGAUAUUCUGUAUCAUAAUCAAUAUUGAAUGAAGGCAUUAUACUAAAGAAUUGAUCAAAAUCAUAUUUCAACUACAAUACAUUGGCAAAAAAUUCAAAUGGGUCUUUGAGAUGAGAAUCAGCUUAGCUCCUCCGCUCCUCAUACCAGCUUUUCACAUUAAUGAUCUCUACUGAGGACAUUUUAUUCCAUAUUACAAAAUGAUAUUUUUUUUGUCUUUCUCAGAAACCCAGAAUCUUUAACAUACAAUUUGUAUGUGUUUUUUAUUUUUCAACUUAAUUUUUUUUAUUUAUUGGGCAAUUGGAUGUUAGCACUCUAUAAAUUCCCAAGUUUGAUUUGGUAGCUGUAGCUGUAAGCCAAUGUGUUGUAUUAAACUCAUAAGAUUAGAAUGCAUUGCAAAUGAUGGUUGUGUUGUGGAGAAUAUUGAUCAUUCAUGAAUUCUUCCACCUGUUCCACACAUCUGUUUAGAAAAUGUGAUUGAUGUUAAUUUUGUUACGUAAUAUAAUUUUGAAUUAUUUACAUUAAGCAUUUGAUUUAUUAACUCUCCAAAAUAAAUUUCUAUUUUUUGAUGGUGUUUCAUCUUUGAAUUCUAUGUGAAAUUAAAAAAAAAAGAUGCAUUCAUUAGUAAUUUGUUAAUCAAAUGAGCAAAUAUUUAUGAAAUAAAAAAAUGUUGAUAAUUUGUUAAUGAAAGUAUUAGAAUGUUAUUUAGAAGUGACACAGAACAGAUAUUGUUAGAGAGUCACAAUUAAACUAAUGUUCUGGCUGGUCAUAUCUAUUUAUCCAUUGAAAUGCUGUCAUGUUCAUAAUUAUGGUUGCAAUAAAAUUUUAUUAUUUGGCAUUCCAUUUGGAAGUUAUAUAAACAUUAACAUUUGUCAUGACAUUUGGUGAAUUCGACAUACAUUACAUGUACCUGGUAUUCAUAAUAAACUCACAGAUUUGUAAGAUAAUAA